AUGGGUCUCGACAUCCCCCACACCUUUAGCUCCAUACCGGAGUAUCAUCCAUAUGCUCAUACCCUUUCCUCUUCUGCUUCCUCUUCUGCUUCUUCCGUUCUUUCAGAUGCUACCUCGUCUUCUACCUCGUCUUCUAAUUCGUCUGUCUUAUCAGACGCAGUAUCCCAGGCGUCGAGCUUGAGCUCUACCUCCUCACUUUCCAGCUGGGAACCCGAAGAAUGGAGUUCCAGGAUACGAGCCAUCCCGGUCUCCAAUGUGGAGCCUGAGAGCUUGUCUGGUCUCUGGCCAAUCACCCGGGUUCAGACAUACCCUCCGUAUCAUCAACCUUCAGCGUGCAGGGAGACUGCUCAAGAAACCUUGCCAUCUCUCCGUGCUGAGUUUCCAGCUCCAGCGGGAUCGCGUCAGCAUCCCCGACGUUCGUCUGCAACCAUCCAGCAACAACCUCCUCAAUUGGUUCGACAAUGCGACCGAAAGGUCAAUUUCGUCGACUGCCUCGUCGACUCUGCCUCUCAAAUGGUCGAAGUGAUUUGGCAGCUCUCUGAGCCAAAGAGCCGUUGUGAGAAUGCUUCUGGACGUGGUGUGCUGCCUCUCCGCACCUUUAUUCAGGAGACGCUGCGUCGAUCUCGGACCAGCUACUCUACGUUGCAAGUCGCAUUGUACUACUUGAUACUUAUCAAGCCUCACUUACCAAAGCAUGAUUUUACCAUGUCUCAACCCGAAGAUGCUUCUCUUCGUGCAUUGCAAUGUGGUCGUCGCAUGUUCCUUGCGGCGUUGAUCCUCGCAUCCAAGUAUUUGCAAGAUCGCAACUACUCGGCUCGCGCGUGGAGCAAAAUUUCGGGCCUCAAGGUCUGUGAAAUCAACACCAACGAGAUGGCCUUUCUUGAAGCCGUCAACUGGAAGCUGCAUAUUGUCGACUCCAUUUGGGAGAAGUGGCAAGAGGUUGUCCUUCGACAUACUCCCACCAACCCACCAGCGUCGCCUGGAGCAAGCAUUCCCAACACUUGGAAAAAUGUCAUCCCUAUCUUGACUCCAGAGUUGGAUGUGAUCGAGCUGGCUCCCAAGACGCCCAUCCGUCCUCAACUGCUAAGGCCACAGCCAUGUGCCUCUCCCCUCCGUUAUCCAUCUUCGGAUGAUUUCGGAUCGCAGCAGAGUACGCCAACUCCCUCCCGCUACCAAGUGCCUCGCUUCUUGGAACCGAAGCCUGACCUGCUUCCGUCCACCCCAGCUUUACCAUCAUUGGCUCGUCUGGGCCCACUGCCUACACCACACUUGACUCCUCAAUCCUUGACCAGCAACACUCCUGCCGCGAGUGUCAUGGCCUAUGGAUCGAUGCGCCCAGCGAUGUCAAUGUGUUCAGCCAUGCAACAAGCCCAGUGCUCGUCCUUGGCUCGGACGUGUGUGGACCAGAUGAAACCAAGCGUUAGGAAUGGAUUGGAGGCUUAUCACUGGCCCACACGGCGACCUUCGUUGGCACCCUCGAGCGCUUCAUUCUCAUCAUCUCCGGAAUCUAUGAUCUCGGACAACUCGCGAUCUUCCCGUGCUUCUUCAAUCUCGUCAGUCUCCUCUGCUGGCUGGGCGCCAAACCACAGUCAGGCCAAGUUGGCCCGGCUGGCGACCUGCCGUAGGGCGAGACUGUCCUAUACAACCUUGUCGAAGUGCAGGGAGCAAGCUGAGUAUGCUCCAAGCGAGGCCUUGUCCUCGCCUGAUCUUGACAGUUUUCACAUUGAUGAGUCGGAUAGUUCGCCUUCAAAAGCCGACUGCAGAACCGUCAAGUCUGCAGGUCGCAAGCGUGGCAGAUCCUCGGUUGAUCUCCAACAGAAUGUUCGUCAUUUGCUACACACUACUCGGUCUGCAUUCAAUCUGCGCGGAGCGCAAACCGUGCUGCCUGAUCGUUCAGCCUCGCAGUCGCUCCUCUUUGCAGGCAGUGAACUCAAAGGAUGGCAAUCCCCGAAAAACACUGUACCCGACUACUCACGUCGCCCUGUGCAAAAGGACUUUGGCAAAAAAAGGUCAUGCUGCAGUACUGAGGCUAUCCAAGCAUUCCGACCCCGAGGCCCUGGCAUGUGGGAAGGUAUCUUAUGA